AAUUGCAUUCAAUUUAUCUCAGUUGAAGAUCGGACCGGUCCAGCGCCGGAGCAGAACAUGCGCGUCUUUUGGAAGUUCAUUAUAGUUUUAGUGCUGGCGUUUGCAGGACUGUGUUCCGAAUCAGGAAACCAGAACACUAAUCUGAGUGAAGAUCAGGGCGAUGUGGCGACACUGCAAAACGGGCGAAAUACAUUGAAAGGCGUUAAUGUCAGGUCCAAACGUGAUACAGCCGACGAAGAGACGAGUGCAUCACUGUGGGAAUGGCUAACCGGUCAGGAUAAGCCCACCCAGUGCGUAAUGGUGUCGGUGGGAGGGGUCAUCGGUGGUGGUGCAUUGAUGGGAGCUUUUGUAGGAGCUGGCAUUGGUAGCGUCUUCACCGGGGCGGGGGCGAUCGUAGGGGCACUCAUUGGUGGUGUAGUUGGAAUAUUCAGUGGUGUUAGUGUUGGCCACCGAGCCGGAGCAGCAGCGUGUGACAGCGGAUGUGGCACGGGCCCAAGCCAUAGUAACUGUUACCCGUAUAAUAACUGAAGACUGUAACAAGCUCGAAUAUAAAUUUGAGAAAGUUAA